AUGGCUUCAGAAAACCAAGAACAGCGCACCUUGCACCUCGUUGGCAUUGGCGUCGGUCACUCGAUCGCUCCGCCAAUGCACAACCAUAUUGCUCAAUCCCUCGGACUACCAUGGACAUUCUAUGCUACGGAAUGUGCCACCCUCGAUGGAUUAAUGGACCUUGCGCGAAAAGACACUACAGCAGGCCUGGUUGUCACGAUGCCUUACAAAAACGCCAUCAUUCCUCGUCUCGAUGCAUUGGACGACCUUGCUGCCACCAUUGGCGCUUGCAACAACGUCUACCGAGACUGGAAAGACCCUAAAAAAUUGCGUGGAACAAAUACAGAUUGGCGCGGCAUCAAGGGCUGUCUCCUCGAGAAGGGCGAUCAAGCUGGUGUACCUGUUCUGAACAAGCCAGCUUUGAUCGUUGGGGCAGGAGGAGCUAGUCGAGCUGCUGUUUACGCGCUUAGCUCAUACUUCCAAUCCUCAAUUAUCUACGUGUUGAAUCGCGAUGAGCAAGAAGUAAAGGACCUCAUAAAAGACUCUCAGAAACUCUCACCUGUUCCGACAAUCAUCCACGUCAAGGAAGGGGAAGCGCAAAAGCUUGAGACGCCUUACUACGUCGUGGGUACGGUGCCUGACUUCGAGCCUCAGACUCCAGAUGAGCUUGCUGUUCGAGCCAACUUGGAAGAGUUUCUGUCUCGUCCUGAGAAGGGAGUGCUACUUGAUAUGUGCUUCAAGCCGAGAAGGACGAGAAUGAUCAAGCUGGCGGAGCAGAAGGGAUGGCCUACGGUGGAAGGAACGCAUGUUAUUGGGUAUCAGAUUGAAGAGCAGUGGAGGCUUUGGGCUGGUGAAGAGAGAGUGAAGAAGCUUGAUAGAGAGGGAGCGUGGAAGGUACUUAUCGACUCGGCUGAGAAGAGUCCUGGCAUCAACUUCUAG